AUGGCAGAAAUUAAAACAGGGGCACUUUGGAGGGCAGUUCUGGCUGAGUCUCUGGGAAUGAUCAUCUUUAUCUUCAUCGGCCUCUCAGCUGCAAUAGGGGACCGAAAUAAUGCUUACCCUGACCAGGAGAUAAAGGUUGUGUUAGCCUUUGGCUUGGGUGCAACAUUGGCCCAGUGUAUCGGUCACAUCAGCGGUGCCCACCUGAAUCCUGCCAUCACCCUCGGCCUCCUGGCCUGCUGCCAGAUAAGUAUGCUCAGGGACCUGGCUGUUCGUUCGAACCGGCCGAUUGGCAGCCGCCUCCGAGAAGUUGCCACUUUUGCCCGGUGUUACGGGCGUACUCGGCCCCAACCAAGCUAUCGGAGACCGUACAACGUCGGGCUCCGGUCCUGCUCGUCUGGACGCCACGACGCGACACAGGCUUUAGAAGUUGGGCGUCUCGGCUCGGAGACUAAGGGACCAGGAGACCACACUCCCUCUCUGCACAGGUAG